AUGGCGGCGGGAAGCGCACGCCAUGUGCGCUACAUCCUCUUUGCCUUUUUUGUUAUCGCCGUUCUCUACUUCAUCUCUACUCCGGCAUCCGUCGUGACCCCCUUGAAAGAUAACUUUGGCAAAUUCCAACAAUCCACCGGAGCCUCGAAGCCUUCCGCCGGGAGCACUACCGGAAGCAAUACCGGAAGCACCACCGACACCGACGCUGCCCACGAUGACAAGACGCCCGUCAAGAGCAACGGCGCCGACUACGAUCCUGCCAAGUACCCAUUGGCCAUGACCCCGAACGACCCGGGGUGGAACGACCUGUCCAGUGUCAGUGGCGGCCCUCGCAUGAAUGCCACCUUUGUCACCUUGGCUCGCAACGCCGAUGUAUGGGAAAUUGCAAAGUCGAUCCGCUCGGUCGAGGACCGCUUCAACCGCCGCUACAACUACGACUGGGUCUUCCUCAACGAUAAGCCGUUCGACGACACCUUCAAGAAGGUCACCUCCUCCCUUGUUUCCGGCAAGACGUACUAUGGCGAGAUUCCGACCGAGCACUGGUCGUUCCCGCCCCACAUCGACCAGGAGAAGGCCAAGAAGGUUCGCGAGGACAUGAGACAGCGCAAGAUCAUUUACGGUGACAGCGUCAGCUACCGCCACAUGUGCCGUUUCGAGUCCGGCUUCUUCUUCCGCCAGCCCCUUAUGAUGAACUACGACUACUACUGGCGUGUCGAGCCGAGCGUCGAGUUCCACUGCGACAUCCACUACGACCCCUUCCGCUACAUGCACGAGAACAAGAAGAAGUACAGCUUCGUGCUCAGCCUUUACGAGUAUUUCGAGACCAUCCCCACUCUUUGGGACAGCGUUACCAAGUUCAUGAAGAACCACCCUGAGCACGUUGCCGAGGGCAACUCCAUGGCCUUCCUCAGUGACGAUGGUGGCAAGACCUACAACAAGUGCCACUUUUGGUCCAACUUCGAGAUUGGCAGCCUCAACUGGCUCCGCUCCAAGGCCUAUACCGACUACUUUGAGUCUCUCGACCAGGACGGCGGUUUCUUCUACGAGCGUUGGGGUGAUGCGCCGGUCCACUCGAUCGCCGCAGGCUUGAUGUUGAAGAAAGAGGAAAUUCACUUCUUCAACGACAUUGCCUACUACCACGUUCCCUUCACCCACUGCCCUACCGGAGAGCAGUUCCGCCUCGACCGCAAGUGUCAUUGCAACCCCAAGGAGAACUUUGACUGGAAGGGGUAUUCUUGCACUUCGCGGUACUACGAGCUCAACGGUCUUCCGAAGCCGGAGGGCUGGCAAGACAAUUCGGAUUAA